AUGUUGGAAGGCACGCGAAAUUUUCUCUGGGGGCAGCUGCUGGCUGCCAAGCCCGCAUUUGUCUCGAAGAAGCCUCACUUCAACUUCAUCUCAGUCCAUUAUUUCUGGAUCAUUGGGGCGACAAUCAUCGCCUCAAUAGCAAUAUAUGCCUCUGGCCGGGGCCAGCUAUCCUACAUCGACGCACUCAUGUUUGGUAGCGGCGCCAACACGCAGGCCGGCCUCAAUCCGGUGGAUCUGAACAGGCUUAAUGGCUUUCAGCAGGGUAUGAUCUACCUGUUUGCCAUGCUUUCCAAUCCCAUCACCAUGCACUCGUGCGUCGUCUUCCUUCGCCUCUACUGGUUCGAGAAACGUUUUCAGAGCUGGGUCCGUGAGAUUCGUUUGCGACGUCCGACCUUUACCAAGUCGAAGUCCAAGUCUCGCCCCGACGCGGAGCAAGCCAAGUCCGUCCAAGGAGUCAACGGCCGCAACAUUACUGUCAUGCCACAUAAUGGCCGCACGCCAAGGAUCACCAAUGAUGGCAUCCUGUUGGAUGACGGCCCCGACCACCAACUCAGGCCCACGGGCGUCGCCAAGAGCGAUGAGAGUGACACCACCACAGUGAGUGACGAGAAGUCCAACGGAGGUGCGGUUGGCUCUUCUGAGGAGCACCCUGCCGAAAACGCCGAUGGCGGCGCCGGUGUGACGGGAAGCGGCCAGCCAUUGGAGGAACAAGCCCACGGCCAAAGGGCUGACGGCAACAACGUCACCCAUACGGCAAUCUCCUUCGCUGAUACCGUCAAGAGAAGCGACGGCAUGGGGGAGGAUACGUUGAAGGUCCCCCAGCGCCGAACACACGCCGAGCACAUCGCCAUCCUGGAGCGGCAGCGCCAGGAAGACACCGAAGUUCUGAGGAUUCCUGGACCACGAGAUGCAGAGCGGGGCGAAGGGCCUAGGCGGCUUCAGGCCGAGGAGUCGCAGUACGACGACGAGAAUGCCCUCGCCCGCCUUCAGACGGUAGACUCGCGCGUUGACCAGCAAGCCGCGGGCGCCGGCAAUCGCCGCGGGCGGAACCCGACCAUCACCAUCGCGGAGCCCGAGUGGCGCCACCGGAAGGAGGAGAUUUCAGAGGACGCCAGGGCGGCAGCCGGCACACUCGAGUCGCUGAGGUUCCGCAAGCCCCGCAUCUUCAACUCUGGGCAAAAGCGGUAUCACGAAGACGGCGAGGAGAGACAGCCUCGCCCCGUCCGGACGCGAACGAUAGACACCAUCCGUUCUGCUUUGUCCAGAGACAAGCAGGACGAGAUGCCCUACCUCUCCUACACCCCCACCAUGGCCCGAAACUCCAAUUUCAUUGGUCUGACGCUGGAGCAGCGUGAAGAACUCGGUGGCAUCGAGUACCGCUCGCUAAGAACGUUGGCUCUCAUCCUCCUCUUCUACUUUUGGGGUUUCCAGCUCAUAAUUCUUGCAUGCCUCUUGCCGUACAUCUUGCACAACAACACUUACGGAAACAUCGUCGAGGAUGUGGGGGUGUCGAGGACGUGGUGGGGCUUCUUCACGUCCAACGUGGCCUUCAUGGACGUUGGGUUCACCCUGACGCCCGAUAGCAUGAUUUCGUUCCAGAAGUCUCAGUUCGUCCUGAUGAUCAUGUGGUUCUUCAUCAUCAUCGGAAAUACGGGUUUCCCCGUCAUGCUUCGCUUCCUCAUCUGGAUCACGGCAAAGGUUGUGCCUCGAGGGUCUGGUGUGUGGGAGGAGUUACGCUUCCUGCUUGACCAUCCGCGUCGAUGUUUCACCUUGCUGUUUCCGUCUGGGCCCAACUGGUGGCUGUUCUGGAUCCUCGUGGUGCUCAAUGCCCUGGAUCUCCUCUUCUUCCUGGUUCUUGAUCUCGGCGCCGAGCCCAUAGCCCGCCUUCCCCUCCACAACCGCGUGGUUGUUGGCUUCUUCCAGGCGGCGUCGACGAGGACAGCUGGUUUCUCAGCCGUCAGCCUGACGGAGCUCCACCCCGCGAUGCCCGUCCUGUACAUGAUUAUGAUGUACAUUUCCGUUUUCCCCAUCGCCAUCUCCAUACGAAGGACCAACGUGUACGAGGAAAAGUCGCUGGGAGUCUAUCACGACCGCAAUGUGGAGGACGACGCCGACGCCCCUGCGUUGAAUUACGUGGGCAGUCACUUGCGACGGCAACUCUCAUUCGAUUUGUGGUAUGUCUUCUUGGGCUUUUUCAUCCUCACCAUCAGUGAAGGUGGCAAGAUCCAGGACGGUAACUUCAACCUGUUCGACGUCCUCUUCGAGGUGGUGAGCGCGUAUGGCACAGUGGGUCUCAGCAUGGGCGCGAAGGGCAUCAACGCAUCGCUGUGCUCCGAGUUUUCGGUAGUCGGCAAGCUCGUCAUCAUUGCGAUGCAAAUCCGUGGACGACACCGUGGCCUCCCGUACGGCCUGGACCGCGCCGUCUUGCUUCCCAGCGAGGCUCGGUUCCGGAAAGAGGCGGAAGAGGCGGAAGCAAUGCUCGCCCGCGUCAAUACGGGUGUAUCGGGCGCCACGACCUCGGGCAUGCAACGACAGCCGACCAACACUAACACCGCCCGCAGCCGGAGCAAGAGCCGCGAACGACCUCCGAGCAACGUGAUAGCUCAGUUCCUCCACCCUGGUCCCGUGGUAUAUCGGGAUACGGCCGUCUCGAAUCAUCACCGAACGGGUUCUGGAGACUCCCGGAGACCAUCGCUAGGCCCCCGAACGAACACGGAGCCAGUCAUUGAGGAUGAAAUGGAGAACUUGACGGAACUCAACAGCGGCGGGUCGUCACGUUUCAGCAAGCCACGGAGGGUCGAGACGGCGCCAGAGUUUUAG